GUCUCAGAUACCCGUAUGUUGCAAGGAAGAGGACCAGCCUACUGAUUGCACAAUAUUGAAACACUGACAGCUUGAUUAUGAAAGAACCACAGUUUAUAACCAAUUUAAUUGUCUGAUACAUGGCUUUCUUAAGUCAAUAGAUAUGCCAAAAGUAAGGACAAAGAGGACUGUGAAGUAUAUACCUUAUGCUUCUGGAUAUGUUCCUCCUACCAAUGAAGAACAAAUUGAAGCUGUAGGGUAUGAUUGUUUUGUACCACCUGAAUAUAAUUGUCAGCCUGAUAAAGAUUUUAAAUUUUUCAAGCCAAUCCCCACGCCAACAAGUAUUGAUGAUUGGUUAGCCCAAUAUGUUGAUCCAGGUCAGAGCUUUGCGGAUUAUUUAUCUACAUGCUCAUGGUUGUCACCAAGUCAGGUCAGGGGUAUAAAUCAGAAGUUUGUUCCAACUGGUAGAAAUCUAUGUGAGAAAUAUCCUGAAGGAAAAAUCUAUCUUCUACCCAUUGGGAAAUUUAGUGCCAAAGGCUUUGUCCACUUCAAUGAACUUGCAAAGUUUGCCGAAAUAUAUUUAGGAAUACCUGUUGUUAUCUUAAAUGGCAUUGAAAUUGAUGUGAAUUUCACAGAUAAAAAAGUUUAUUGGACAAAUAGUGUUUUGGAAACCUCAUCCUAUGGUGAGAGUUCAAAGCUCCCUAACAAAACAGCGUUGGAAAGUAGAUUCUAUGGCAAACAUCACAGAUACCAGAUAGGAAUAGCCAGUUUGUUAUAUAUGCUUCGUCAAAACAUUCCAAAAGAUGCCUUGUCAUUGAUAGGAUUAACAAUGAGUGAUUUAUACAGAGAACAAUCAGACUUAUUUGUUGCAGGGUGGGCUGCUGGUGGAGAUCAUGUUGCAGUAUUUAGUUUCUUCCGUUAUGAUCCAUCAUUAUCUUUUUCCAAUGCAGAUUGGUACAAUAUUCGUAGAAAUCAGCGCAUGUCUCAGGAGCAUAUUCAGAAGUUGACAUUCCAUAGAAGUUGUAAAUUACUUGUACAUGAGAUAGGGCACUUAUUGGGUAUAGGACAUUGCAUAUUCUUUGAGUGUUGUAUGAAUGGUUCGGGACAUUUAGCUGAAGAUUUUCGCCAGCCUAUGCAUCUUUGUCCAGUGGAUUUACAUAAACUUCAAACACUUGUGGGCUUUAAUGUCAUAACAAGAUAUGAAAAUCUUCUCAAAUUUUAUCAGCAUCAUGGUAUGAAAGAUGAGGCUGAAUGGAUUUCCAGACGUAUUGACUUUAUAAAAAAUGCACCAGUAGAAAUAAUUUAAAAUCUUGACAGUUCUAUUCUAUAUUACUAUCACUUUCAUUGACAUUUUUUGUAUUUGAUAAGUGUAUUUUAUUUAUAAUAAUAAGAUUAAAAUAAAUUGGACACUCUUGUAUUCUGAGAGCAAAAACAGUGUACUGUAUGAUCUGUUGUGUGAUGGAUAUAGCAUUUGAAAUGACACUCAACUAAAGAUGCCUAGAAUUAGAAAAACAAAGGAGAACAGUAAAUAUGUACCAUAUGCAUCAGGAUUUAGACCUCCGAACAAAGAUAGACAACUCAAGGCUAUUGGCUUUGAUAGAAGUGUCCCACAAGAAUACCAUGCAUUGCCACAUGAUAAUUUUGAAUUCUUCAAGCCAGUUCCGAAACCUACAAAUAUAGAUGACUGGUUAGCACAGUACAAUGAGGAUGGACAAACAUACAAACAGUUUCUACAGGAUUGUCCUUGGAUAUCAUCUAGAAAGAGAAAGAGUGUAAAACAGAGGUUUGUUCCUGAAGGGUCUAACAUACUGGAGAAAUAUCCAGAUGGUAAAAUUUAUAUUGUACCUGUGGGAGAAUUUGAUGGCCAUCAUUACUUCUAUUUUGAUGAACUUGCCAAGUUUGCUGAGAUCUAUUUAGGAAUUCCUGUAUCUACACUACCUGGUGUAGAUCUUGAAGUGAAAAGUAAAGAUACAAAAGCAUUUUGGGUAGAACAUCCAUCAGAGACAAGUCAGUUGAAAAGCGAUACUAGGAGAAGUAGUUCAAGAACAAAACAACACACAUUAGAAAGUAGAUUUAAAGGCACUCAAUAUCAGUUAGGUGUGAAAGAUUUACUUAAAAUGCUUCGUCUCAAAAUUCCCGAUGAUGCACUUUGUUUUAUUGGAUUAACUAUGAGUGAUUUAUUUUGUGAUGAUACUGAUCUCUUUGUGGCAGGAAUGGCUGCUGGAAAUCAUCGUGUUGCUAUUUUUAGCUUUUAUCGUUACAAUCCAACCCUUUCAUUUUCACAAGCUGAUUGGUUUGAUGUUACCAUGGAUAAAAAGCAGACACAAGAAAACAUUCGUAAGAUUAUGUUUCAAAGAAGUUGUAAACUUUUGGUUCAUGAAAUUAAUCAUCUUUUAGGCAUUGACCAUUGUAUUUUUUAUGACUGUUGCAUGAAUGGGUCGGGUCAUCUGUCAGAAGAUUUUCGUCAGCCAAUGCAUCUUUGUCCUGUUGAUCUACACAAACUUCAAAAGUUAGUUGGCUUUGAUAUUCUUACAAGAUAUAACACAUUAUUGAAAUUCUAUGAGAAACAUGACAUGGACGAAGAAAGGGAGUGGGUUUCUAAGAGAACCAAAAUGAUUGGACAUAUUUCCAAAUUAUAAAAGCAAGAACAGUAAGGGUAAAGUCAAAGCAGUUGAAGUUGUCUUACCAAAUGUUUGUUUAUUUGUAUAUCAAAAGUGUGGAGAUAGUGACCUUAUUUGUUUUUAACUAACAUAUCCAAGGAAUUUUUGUAAUCAAACUCUAUAAAAAUUAUAUACAAAGUGGACCAAAUUUUAGUCAGUAUUUUGGAGAAUCUAUGAAGCUCAAUUGUAAACCCAGAUUUCCUUUUAAAAAAAUUUACCUGUUACUAAUUAUAUGAUAUAUAUAUACAUAUAUUAUGGUUAUGAAUUGUAAAAAUGUAAGUUAAAAAGAAUGUAUCAGUGUUCAAUUACUCCUUUUAUGAUUUGCAGACUGGGGAAAAGCUUGAGAAGAAGGAAUAUAAGAUAGAUAUACCUAAGAUAAUUAUGCUAUGUGAUACUGAUAUAUAGGUUUGAUGAAACAGUGCUUUUAUUGCUGUUCUUCAAUUUGUACUGAAAUUUCUGGUUUUCACCAAUUUGUAUAAAUGUUUAUAUUUAACAAUUAAGAUUACUUCGUUUGAAUCUUUGAAUUUAUGAGUCUUGAAUAUAAGGCAUAACAAUCGAAAUAUCUGCUAAUGCUUUCCAAAAAAAUAAUGUUACUCAACAUGUAUCAAUUGAGCAUAGAUAAAAGUGCUGUUCCUGUUCUUUUGGGUUCAUCAAGUGUUAGUUGGGAUUUUGUGUUGUGAAUUUAUUGACUUACUUGCUCUUAAUUCUAUUUGUGAAACCUAUAGAAACAUAUUCUUUAUUUGGAAUAGUUUAUAAAGUUACAAAAAACUAAGUUAUUAAUUAAUUUGUAAUUCAUACAGUGUAGGUGUAAUUUGGUGCAAUUCAAUCAUUCAAUAUUUUUUUAGAAACACUUGUAAUAGAAAAACAAAGGAUAUGGGGUAUAUCCAUCCAUGACACAUAGUAUGUUCUUAUUGCAAAAGAUGAUAACAGAGUAGCUUGACUGAUUGUUGAUUUCCAACAGCAUCAGUAUACAGGAAGAUAAAUGGAACAAACUCUUUCAAAUAAUGCUACCAUAAAGUUACAGGAUAAUUUAUCUAGAUAUAUAAUAUUAAGACAGGUUUUUGUGUUUGAGAAACUGUAUGAACAAGGUAACAGAAAAUUGAUUUAUUUUAUUAAAAAUUUCUUAAACACAUACAGAUAUUUAGAUAUAAAGAUUUUAUCCAUUUAUUAUUUUUAACUAAAACGUUUCAAAGGUUUCCUUCAAAUACUUUUUAUGUCCCGCCAUUGCGGAGGGGGCAUUAAGUUUUACCCUUGUCCGUCUGUACAUCCCAAAAUUGGUUUCCGUUCUCUAACUUUAGUUAGCCUCAACCAAAUGUUAUGAAACUUUUACACAAUGCUUAUUACCACAAAACAGAGAUCAAAUUUGAAUUUUGUUGCCGUCACUUUUACCGUUCUAGAGUUAUGCCCCUUUACAAAUGGAAAAAAUUGCUGAAUUUUUCGUUUCUGUUCUCUAACUUAAGUUUACCUCAACCAAAUGUUAUGAAACUUAAACAUAAUGCUUAUAACCACAAAACUCAGAUCAAGUACAAAUUUGGGUAGUGUCACUUUUACUUUUCUUGAGUUAUGUCCCUGUAUAACGUAAUAUGCAAGUGGGGGCAUCAUCUGUUUCCCAUGGACACAUUCCCCAUUUAUUUAAUUUUGUUAUAGGAUUUUUAUACGACCGCAAAAAAUUUUUUGGUCGUAUAUAUGUAUCACGUCGUCUUCGUCGGAAGACACAGUUGGUUUCCUGACAAUAACUUUAGUAUAAUUAAAUAGAAAUCUAUGAAAUUUAAACACAAGGUUUAUAACCACAAAAGGAUGGUUGGGAUUGAAAUUUGGGGUUUAUGGCUCAAACUGUUUAGGAAUUAGGGGCGAAAAAGGGGAAAAAACAAGGGUUUCCUGGUUAAUGGACAAUUACUUAAGACAAUUUAAAAGCAGUGUAAGGGAGGUAAUCCAAACAGAACGUUUUGAUUACCUCCCUUACACUGCUUUUAAAUUAUGUAUAAAGAAAUGUUGUAUUGUCUUGAGAUGAUUAGCUGUCAAUUUAUUUUUAGAAGUUACUAGUAAGGAAUAUUAAUUUUAGCCAUGAUUAUGUAUGUCAUUUUCUAUUUUAAGACUUUUAUGAUGUAUUUAAAUGGGUAAUUAUGGUUGCAAACUCCAUUGGAAAUUUGAAUUGAGGUUAUGACCAUAUCUUGAGGGAAAGAAUUUUUUUUUGGAAAAAGGGGGGUAAAAAAGAAAUUGUGAGGGGGGGGGGACAAUUUUUUCUCAAUUCAGAUUUCAGAAAUUAAAAAGAAAAUUUCUUCAAAUAUUUUUUUUUUUUUUGCAAAAAAAAAAGGGGGUGUAAAAAUUUAAUUUUUUUUUUUGGGA